ACUGCAAAGCACUGCGGGAUGUUAGUCGCGCUGCAGUCUUAUUUGGGAUGAGGAGCAAGUCAGUAGGGGGACCUUAAAGUUGGCUGAGGAGAAAGGCGAGAGAAGUGUCUUAUUCCUUGUGUGCUGCGGGUGGAGUGUCCAAGAAGAUAAGGAUUAGUCAGCAGUGUUGACGGUAUCCAUUAACAAGAUACAACUUGGAAAAAGAGUAACACUGGAAAGUUGGGAGGUUCAUGUUGCUGCAAAGCAAUUUACUUUGGAUUUGUGAUUUGAAAGAGUUUCUUCUUUUUUACUUUUUUUUGGACGGGAAAACUGGAUUAACAAAGAGGAGCCAGAGGGAUUAGGAAACUUCACGGACUCCACUUCCAGAAUGACGACCCGUGGUUACUCUCAAAGCCUUUUCCUGCUGCUGCUGUGUCUCUUCCAUGGCUCUGGGCAGACCUGUCCAUCCAUGUGCCUGUGUAUUUCUGAUACAGUAAGCUGUAGCUCUAGCGGCCUGAUGAGGUUACCAUGGUCCCUGCCCUCCUUCUCUGUCACCCUUGAUGUCAGCCACAACCACCUGUCCUGGCUGGGUCCAAGCAGCUUCCAGAACAAGAUGCCCAGACUGGAAAACCUCUGGAUGGCCCAUAAUCAAAUCAGCACACUGAGUCAUGGUGUGUUUCAAAAUGUCUCUGGGCUCAGGUAUCUUGACCUAUCUUCCAACAAGCUGCAUGUGGUGGAGCAGCACUAUUUCCAUGGGCUGUGGAGGCUGGAAGAGCUUCGUCUCUUCAAUAAUAAAAUCACACAGGUAGAGGCUGGCACACUUAGCGGUCUGAGCAGCUUAAAAAAGGUCUACUUCAGCUUCAACCAGAUCACACACUUUCCUUUCUUCUCCAUUCGAGAUCACAGUCAUCCAUUCCUAGCCAUGCUAGACCUCUCAUCCAACCGUAUGACACGUCUACUAUGGGAGGAUGUGAAAGCUUUGCCUGGUUUGGUGCAGCGGGGACUGUAUCUCCACAACAACUCUCUGAUCUGUGACUGCUCCAUGUACAGUGUGUUUUGGCACUGGAAUCUAAGGGGUUACAAUUCAGUUAAGGACUUCACAGAUGAGCACACCUGCAACAUUUAUGGGGAUCCACGAGCAUCCAUCCGAUUCCUACAUCCGAACCGCUUCUUCCUCAACUGCUCUGUGGAAACAACAGUCAUGCAGCCUGUGACAGUUCUCCUCUCCAAUUUGUUGGUUUUAGAGGGAGACAGAGUGCGUCUCGACUGCCAAACAACCCUGAGUGGUACAGAUCUCUCAUUUACAUGGCUCUCCCCAAGGAAAGACUUUAUCACACUGACUAGUAUUAAUGACACACUGAUUAGCAUGUUUUCUAAUGGUACCUUGGAGAUUAAAGAAAUCUCUGUCAAUGACUCAGGUCUGUACCUAUGCACAGCUGUGGACAUUAAACAGGACUUGAAUGCAACUCGGGAGGUGAAUGUGACCGUGCUGCUCCCUGCAGCAGAGUCAUUCAACACUGGCUACACUACAUUGCUAGGCUGUAUAGUGACUUUGACGCUUAUCCUUGUGUAUCUUUUCCUAACUCCAUGUCGCUGCAGCUACUGCAAAAAGCCAGCAGCAACCUAUAACCACAGCAACCUAUCAUCUGUUUUCUUCUCCUCCACAAGAGAUCGACCCAAACCUGAAAAUAUAAAGCAUGUAUCAUUCAUGGACCCCAUGAUGAGUGAAGAAGGGGCAGAAUGGACAAUGGUCACAUGAAAGUUAUUCUUCUACAAACUAUUUAUUUGUGUGUGUGUGUGUGUGUGUGUG